GCCGGACCCCCGGGCCUUCAACUGCCCCGACAGCUUGUCAUCAUCAUCAAUCGUAUUUAUUGAGCGCUUACUGUGUGCAGAGCACUGUACUAAGCGCUUGGAAACCCCGGGCCUCCACCCCCAAUGCAACUGAUCCCGCUCCUGGUGUGUUUGUCCACUUUGUUGGACUGUACCUUUGCUCAGAACUGUGCAAAGUGUAACAUGAAUGCAAAAUGUGAAAUUCGAAAUGGAGUUGAAGGCUGCUACUGUUCCACAGGAUUUACGGGAAAUGGCAUAGCAAUCUGCAAAGAUGAUAACGAAUGUGAAAAUGCUACACAGCCUUGCGGUGAGAAUGCCAACUGCACUAAUACACUGGGAAGUUAUUACUGCAUGUGUGCACCUGGUUUCCGAUCCAGCAGUAACCAAGACAGGUUUGUAACUAAUGAUGGCACCGCCUGUGUAGAUAUAGAUGAGUGCAGCGAAGCGGUCACUGUUGCCUGUGGUGAUCAUGCGAAAUGUGAAAACGUUGUUGGAGGAUAUAACUGUUCCUGUAAGGAAGGUUAUCAACCAAACACAGGAAAAUUGUGGUUUAAGCCAAAUGAUGGCACUUACUGCCAAGAAAAUAUGAAGGAAAAGUGCCAUCUAGAUGAUGCUUGUAUUGCUGCAAAUGUUAAUAAAACAUUAUCUGAAAUUAGACAUAUAAAAGAACCAGUGACUUUACUGCAAGAAAUCUACAGGGGCUCUGCAGAAGAACUUUCACCCGUAGAUAUAAUAACAUACGUAGAAGUAUUAGCCCUUUCUUCUCCAUUGCUAAGUGUUAUGAAUAACACUAUCUCUGACAAGGAACUAGUCACUAAUACAACUAUUAACGUUUUCAUUAAUGUCACAAAUAGCCUUGUUCAAAAAGAUAAAAUUUCCAUUUGGAGCAAGCUCUCUACAGGCAACAGGAGAACAAUUCUCACUAAACUGAUGCACACCGUGGAACAAGCAACACUAAGCCUGUCCCAGAAUUUUAAAAAGGCAACCCAGAUAGAGGUUAAUUCAAGUGAUAUGGCUCUCAAAGUUUUUGCUUUCGAUUCACACCACAUGAAACACAUUCACCCUCAUGUAAGCAUGGAAGGAGAUUAUAUAAAAAUCUACUCAAGGAAAAAAGACGGAUAUGACUCAAAUGGUACCGUUGCAGUUGUAUUUUUACGUUAUGACAGUAUUGGCUCUUUGCUUUCAUCCUCUGAAAGCUCCUUAUUGGAAAUUCAGAAUUCUGACAGUUCAGAGCAACAGGAAACAGUAAUCUCUUCAGUCAUAGCUGUCACAAUGAGCUCAAGCCCACCUACAUUCUACCAACUUGAGAAAAUUACUUUUACAUUAAAUCAUUUAAGGACAGCAGAUAAAGACAGUAGUAAAUGUGCAUUUUGGAACUAUUCACCCGACACAAUGAAUGGCAAUUGGUCUACUGAAGGCUGUGAAGUGACCCAUUCUAACUCCACUCAUACCUCAUGCAAAUGUAACCAUCUGACACAUUUUGCUAUUUUGAUGUCCUCUGGUAGCUCUCUUGGAAUUACCAAUUACAAUAUUCUUACAAGAAUCACUCAACUAGGAAUAAUUAUUUCACUGAUCUGCCUUGCCAUAUGCAUCUUUACUUUCUGGUUCUUCAGUGAAAUUCAAAGCACAAGAACAACAAUUCACAAAAAUCUCUGCUGUAGCCUGUUUCUGGCCGAACUUGUUUUUCUUGUUGGGAUCAACACAAACAGUAAUAAGCUCUUCUGUUCAGUCAUUGCUGGAUUGCUACAUUAUUUCUUUUUAGCUGCCUUUGCGUGGAUGUGCAUUGAAGGCAUUCACCUCUAUCUCAUAGUUGUUGGAGUCAUCUACAACAAGGGAUUCUUGCACAAGAAUUUUUAUAUAUUUGGCUACCUGAGCCCAGCAGUGGUAGUUGGAAUUUCAGCAGCACUAGGCUAUAGAUAUUAUGGCACCACCAAAGUAUGCUGGCUUAGCACAGAAAAUAACUUCAUUUGGAGUUUUAUAGGACCAGCAUGUCUUAUAAUCCUAGUUAACCUCUUGGCUUUUGGAGUGAUUAUAUACAAAGUAUUUCGACACACUUCAAUGUUAAAACCAGAAGUUAGUUGCUAUGAAAACAUAAGGUCAUGUGCCCGGGGUGCCCUGGCCCUCUUGUUCCUGCUUGGUGCUACCUGGAUCUUCGGCGUUCUCCACGUCGUCCAGGGGUCAGUGGUGACGGCGUACCUUUUCACCAUAUGCAACGCAUUUCAGGGGAUGUUCAUCUUCCUAUUCCUAUGUGUGUUAUCUCGAAAAAUCCAAGAAGAAUACUAUAGGUUAUUCAAAAAUGUACCUUGCUGUUUUGGAUGUUUACGGUAAACACAAGGGAAGAUGCAGAAAGAACCUAUUGUAGGGAAGCAAAGACUGCCGACUAAUAGUAUCAAGACAAGCAAUAUUGCCAAAAUAUGGAAUGACCUAUUGAAUGGUUAAACCUUAUGACUCAAUCACUUUCUCUACAGCCUAGGAACUGUAGUUAGAUGAGCAAAUCACGUUUAAUAUACUUACUGUAUCUAUACUGUACACUCUUCCAAGUCAUAGGUUUUCAAGCAGGGUAUUGCAUAGAAGUGGAAAGAAAUUGAAUUCUUAAUAGAGCUAUAGCUGUUUCCAAGCUCAGAUAUUAGUUCUAACAUGAGAAAUAUUCUGAAUAUCAUAAAAGAACCAACUGAUAUAUACAUUUUUUCAAAUCAUUUUGCCUUUUGAAAUGUUACCCCCUGCCUUCCGUGGUAACGAGCUUCUUUACAUAAAGUGGACUAUUAUAGGAAGAAUGAAGAGGGACCGAAUCAGAAUAUUAAAAGAAAAUGACUUUGCAACACAAUUCUCCCCUUUGAAAACUUUGACAUAUAAAAUAAAUGAGAGAUUCUGAAAGCAAAUAAAUAAUUGUAGAAAGUCUUUGCGAACUGUCGGUCUUGCAUGAAGUAGAAUUUCUGAGGAAAACAGCUUAAGCCACUUCGAUAAAUGGUUUUUCUUCUGUGAAUGCUUUGACAGGGGCUUGGUUCCUUUUUAAAUUCACAGUUAAACUGCAGGUGCACUUCACUGUUAUUCACUGCUGUGACUUCAGGUGUUUAAGCCAACAAAAUAAAUGUUGGAAAAGUUUGUAAUUUUAUAAAAUGUUUGAAAUUCUGCCCUUCUUUGUCAAAGUCAAAUUGCAGAAUGUGCCUUUCAGUGUAGGAACAUUAUACAAGCAGAUAUAUAGGAAACAGAUAUUUUGUAUUCUACUAGUUUUUUUAAUCUUUUUUAUUGCAGUGAAUACACACUAAUUUGGUGGGUUGGUCAGGGAGGAGUUUGUACUUUACUUCUUUGGUGCUCUAAAUGCCAUAGAGCUUAUUACCAGACUUCUUUUUAAAUUUCUGUACUCUGUGUGAGAAACCAUUGUAAAUAUGUAGCUGUUCAUAAAUGGAAAAUUUGUCUUUUCUGUUUAAAAAAAUGCACCUUUUAAAAAUGUGUUAUUUAUAACAAAGAAAGGAGGAGUUCUUCAGUUUUCUCUGUUUCACCUGGCUAUAGAGGUCUUAUUAUUUUAUAGAAUAUGUCCAGCUAAAUAUACUGUCUGUAGCUGCUUAAAAGUUUCUCAUUGAAAAACAUUUGGCAAUAUUGCCUGUUUUUUUCUAAAAGUAAUUAUUGUUGUGCCCCUGAAUGAAAGAAGUGUUUAUACAAGAAAGAUUCAGCUUUAGAUUUUCAAAGUAUUGUCAUUAUUUCAUUUUGGUAUUUUUUAAAUGAAGUUUCAAAUGAAAAAGCACCCCAUCUCCAAUAAACUUAU